UGGAGGGAAACCUUGAAGUUGGUGCAGCGAUGAAACUGGUGGUGGUGCUACCAUAGGUCCUCCAAUCCAGUCCAUGGCGGAUGUGAAACCUAUCUCCUGGACCUCCCACGGAUCAGCCGACAUUUACACCAAGAGUCGCUGUCAGGAAGUUAGUCCCCUAAUUAUCGCUUGUUCUUUGCAGCAGCCAGAGCGAAGUCAUAGUCGCGUUUAAUGAGCUCUACAGGGUCGAAUAGAUAGCAGGGCGGCAUGUGGAAGGGGUUUCAGGGCCUGCAGGCCGUGGUGAAGGAAGGGCUGCAGGAGCUCGGCCGCGAUGCGCUCCGCGAGACAGGCAUGAUCAAAGAGGCCGUUGCGCCGCGACUAGCCGGGUCGGGGAUCCUGGGCCUGGUGGGGGUGCAGUCAGGCGACGAGCGCGAGGAAGGAGGGAGAGACGCGGAGGGGGACGAGGACGACGGAUGGGGUCUGGAUGACGGCGACGGCCAGGACGAAGCGGAGGCUGGGGAGGGCAUGGUAUCAGGAGGUGGCGAGGGAGCGAUUCCGGUGUCAUCGCAUCCCUCGGAGGAGGCGGCCUCGGCAUCACAGCCUUCACCGGACAUCGAGCCACGUCAUCAAACUUCUAAGCAGCCAGGCUCGGCUGUUGCCUCCCACGCUGCCGACGAGGGCUGGAGCCUACCCUCGCCGUCACCUCGCGAAGGUGACGUCUCCGCUGCCGAGUCGUCUCAUAGCGAGGAUCGCGGGACAGACGCAGCACGCAGCGAUGGCGCUGCCGAGGGCGUGGCAGCGGCGUCCAGCGGGCGCAUGCCGUUCCUGGCGCCUGCGCAGCCGAGCGACGGGCAGCUGCAGGAGCGCGCGGUGGAAGAGAGGCCGGGUAUGCCAGUCGGUAAGACGGAUGACGUGGCGGGACUCACAGACGAAACGAGAGGGAGCGGCGAUGCGCACGCGGCAGGUGCGGGUGCGGAAUUAGAGAAAGCAGCUACGCGUGAAGUUGGCAUGCAGAAACUGCAGUCCUUGGCGGAGGGUCGGGAAGCAGGUGGGGAGGCGGCGGGGAGGCAAGGGCGGGCUGCUGAGGGAGGGCAAGGGGAGGGAGCGGGUGGGGGGGAAUUGGGGCGAGAAGAGGGUUCCGCCAGGGAUGAAUUAGGGCAAGGGGAGCAGGGCCCUGGGGAGGCAGUAGGGGACUUGCAGGUAGCUAGAGGCGGAGCGGGGGAAGGGGAUAUUGGUGAUCGUCCAGUGGCGACUGCAGCUGCGGCUGCCAGCGAGGACGUCAGGGGAAGCGGCAGCGACGAGGAGGACGAGGAUCAGCAGAGCAGCCGGCGGGAGGUAGCGUCGCUGCGGCGGCAGUUGGCGCAGCAGCGGGACAUGGGCGCUGUGAGGGAGAAGGCUCUCGUGGAGGAGCUGACGUGGCUGAAGGGCGAGGUGACGCGGCUGCAGGCGGCAGGGCGCGAGGCGGAGAAGAGGAGGGAGGAGGUGGAGAGGCGGAGAGAAGAGGAGGUGAAGAGGGUGAGCGAGGAGAGCGGGGCGCGGGAGAAGGCGAGGCGGAAAGCGGAGGGCGAGGUGGAGCGGCUGCAGGUGCUGUGCGGGCAGUUGCAGGCGUCGCUGGCGGAGGCGGCGGAGGGGCGGGAGAGAGACGCGAAGGAGAGGGAGCAGAUGGCGCGGCGGGUGGAGCGCAUGGAGGACGAGCUGGAGGCGGAGAGAGCCAAGGCGCGGAGCCUGGAGGCGGAGAUGGUUGAUGUGGAGGCGGGGACGGACGAGGAGAUCCGGGAGAUGGAGGAGAGGGUGAGGGAGCUGGAGGGGUGCGUGAAGGAGAUGGAGGGGGAGAAGAAGAGUGCGGCGCGGGCGGCGGAGGAGGAGAGGAGGGAGUGGCGGAGGAAGGUGGAGGUGGCGGACGCCAAGGCGAGCGCUGCUGCUGCCGCGCACAAGAAAGACAUGGAGGCGGUGGAGAAGAAGAGGGACGCGGCACAGCAGCAAGUGCAGAAGCUGCGCGACGAGCUGACAGGUGUCAACCGGUCAUUGGCGGAGGUGCGGGAGGCGCUGAGAGUGAGUGAGGCGGAGAGGGCGGAGCUGGAGGAGGUGGCGGGGGAGAGGCAGGCGAGCAUGGAGGAGACGCGCACGCAGCUGGCGCACCUGCAGGGCGAGUUGGAGGUGGCGCGGCGGGAGGCGGCAGAGGGCGGGGUGAAGGUGGCGGAGGCGAUGGCGGAGGUGUAUGCGGCCAGGAAGGAGGCGCGCGUGCGGGGCGUGCAGGCGGAGGAGACGCAGCAGCUGGAGGCCAGGCUGGCUGCGGCCAUGGCUGCUGCUGCGAGUGGGGGGGCGGAGGCGGAGGGGCUGAGGGGGCAGGUGGCAGCGGGGGAGCGCGAGAUGAAGGCGGUGCGGCGCGGGUUGGCGGCUGUGGAGGCGGAGCUGGCGCUGGCCACCCAGCGAGUGGCGGAGGCAGAGGCGCAGGCAGAGGAGGCCAAGAGGCAGCGCGCUCAGGCGGAGGGCACGAGCGAGCAGCUGAGGGAGGAGACAGAGAGGCGCGCCCGGAUAUUCAAUGCUGCCGUCAAGGCUGCUGUCAGCAGGAUACAGUCGGAGCUGGAGGAGGAGCGCGACGAGGCGCUGCAGCAGGUGCAGCAGCAGGGGGAGGCACUGGAGCAGAUGAGACACGAUAUGCGAGCUCUGGAGCUGCGGGUGGAGGAGGUGGAGGGGGAGCGCGCGGCGCUGGAGAGGAAGGGCGAGGAGGCGGAGGGGAGGGAGGUGCAGCAGCGGGUGGUGGUGGAGCGGCUGAGGCGGGAGGUGGAGGAGGGGGAGGGGCGGGUGAGAGCAGCGCAGGCAGAGGCGCAGGGGGAGAGGGCGGCGGCCAAGCAGCUGCAAGGCAAGCUGGCGGAGGCGGAGGCAAGGAGGGCAGAGGCGGAGGCGGCAGCGGGGGCGAGGGAGAGGGAAGUGGCGGCGCUGGUGCAGCAGGUGGCGGACAUGCAGAGGGAGAGCACGUCGCUCAAGGUGGCGGCACUGGAGGCAUCCAACCGGGCAAGUGAGGAGGCGGGGCGGCUGCAGAGGAGGGUCACUGAGCUGGAGCAGCAGGUGGCCUCUGCUGCUGUGCGUGUUACCAGGGCAGAGGAAGCUUCUGAGAAGGAAGGACUCAAGGGAGGGAGCAGUGAUGGAGCAGGGAGCAGUGGAAGCACAGCAGUGACGUCAACUCUGACGUCAGCAAAAGCUAGGGCGGCAGGAGGGGCAGCGUGGAGCAACCCGCUGGAGGGUCUGGGGCUGGAGUCGGUGCGGUGGAAGGAGAAGCUCAAGGCGGAGGGCGAGGGCGACGUGGAGGCCGGGUCGUCCUCGGCCGACAGAUUACGGAGAUCUCGACUCACCCAAUCCAGCCAGAGUCUUUCUGCCACGUCAGCAGGCCCACUGGGAUCGCUGAUUGGCUCGGUUAGGCGCCUCUUUUCCGAGGACGAUCGUUUGUCUGCAGCACCGGGCAGAGUAUCUCGCCGCACAUUCCUUCUCCUCGCUUAUGUCUUCCUCCUCCACCUCAUGGUUAUGGUCUCCUUCACCCAUCACUCGGCUCCUAAGUGUUCUGAUGUCAUGGAUCUACCUGGAUGAUAGUAAAGGAAGUUGGCGUGUGCUGGCCUUGUGGUAUAGCAUGCAUCUUGCUGUAUUGAAUGGUCCAUCAAGGAUUCAAGUUUACAGCGGAAUUGUAUUUCAGUUCGUAACACUUGGUUC